UACCCUUAUGACUGGUUUUGUGGUCCAGGGUCACAUAUACCAUAACCUAAGUGUAAGGGCACAGUUGGGUUGCUUUUUCUCUGCAGAGGUCAAACCAGCAACCUUCUGACUACCAGCCCUGAGCGCCACAGAUCUCCUCAUUACUUUCUGACGUCAUGCUGUAAAUGCUAUUAAUAUCAUAUUAAAUCAUACCCAUCACUGCGGUGUUGGAGGUUAACCAUUCCUGCUGUUCUGAGACUGUGCUUGAAUAAGGAACAGUUGGAAGAAUGAUACCGGAUCAGAUUCUUAGAAGGGGAGUUGGAGUUAAAUGUACCAGACUACAUCUAACUGUACCACAGCAUCUCUGAGGAUCUGUAAUCGGAGCGCCGUCCUUUGCUGCUCUGACAGGCAGUUUCUGGGUCACUCCUCAGCCCUGAGAGAGGGCCCAAUCCACCAGCAUCACAGAGAGAGAGAGGGGGAGAGGGAGAGGGAGGUAUUUAUAGAAAAAUGGGGCUUCACUGUACCUUUUUCUUGCAAAAGAAUCAUUAAAAGACCCAGCUAGCUUGUCCCAGAUUUCUGCUCCGUGCUCUGCAAGACAGUUUGAACUGGACUUACUUAUUGGAGAUGUAGAGCCAUGGCUGCAGAGAGCUUGACAGCGCUCUCUCGAUCUACACUGGACUGAUAUCCUCAUCAGAGGAUCCUCGAUGGAGGCUAAACCUGCCGGAUUGAUUGCUUUUGGUAAUGAUGGAGCAGUGACUUGUUGAGGAGGGUGAUGAGGUGCUGACCUGACGUGACCUCUUACAGCUUGACUUCCACACAGGAGACCCAGAAACCAUGAUGAGAAGAUUUUUGAAGAGCCAGAAGGGUCGUUUCUCUCUUCGCCAAAGCCGAUCGGGAUCCCGCAGUGCCUCCAAAGAUUUCUACCCAAACCCUAACGUGCUGAGAGAUUUCCCACUGAAUAUUGAACUGGCCCUUCCAGCAAAUAACCAGGGUUGGCCAGAGGACUUUGGCUUUAAGCUGGGUGGAGAUGGACCCAGUUACAUCCUCUCUGUGGUGGAGGGCAGCAGCGCUUACAUGGCCGGACUGCAGCCAGGCGACCAGGUUCUGGAGAUCGAUGGGCAGAACGUCUCGUCCCUCAGCACCAAAGCCCUCAUUGCUCUGGCUCAGACCCUCAAGACUGUGCCGCCCAGCAUUGGCGUUGUGUCUAGAAUUGAACAGAUGGACAUUGCCCCGGGGCCUGAUGGUCGUUUUGGCUUUACUAUAGUGGGAGACAGUCCCCUGCUGGUGGAGGACUGCAUGCUCAACUCUCCAGCCGGCCGGAGUGGACUGCGAGCAGGUGACUAUGUGAUGGAGGUGAAUGGGAUUCCAGUGAAACAGCACGAGACGGCGGCGGCCAUGAUCAAGGCCUCUCAGGGACGUACGCUGCGUCUGGGUGUGCUGCGGAUCAACCGCUGGCAGAAACGCAGCAGCAGCAGCAUGAAAGAGACCUAUCAGAGCGGAGACAUGUUGAGGCAGGACCGCAAGCACAAAGCUCUGGAGUUCAACAAGAAGGUUGAGGAGAUUUUAGGGGAGGAGCCUGAGGUGAAAGAGAGGCUGUUUGAUUUGCUGAAGCAGUAUGCAAAUGAGAGGGAUGUUGAAGGUCUGGCGUCUACACUUCCAGAAAUACUGCUCACCGAGGAACACCAGCAACUGAUUGACAGCAUCAGGAUCUUCAUCCCUAAGAAGCACCGGCAGCGCUUUGAUGAGAUGGUCUCUCAGAGUUUGAUCAGUCGCUUGAGGGGCCGAAGCUUCAGCGAGCACAGGAACAAUCGCCUACGGCGCAGCCGGAGCGAAGACCACCCCGAACGGCUGCUGUCUGUGUCCACUCGAGCCAGCUCUGUGCCCCGGACCGCCAAUGAAGAAGUGGUCAUGCCUCCUGCCCGUGGCCUCCGCAAGACCACCUCACUCAUCGCAGGCCAUUCCAGUUCCUUCUCUACACGCAGGACAGUACGGGUGUACAAAGGGAACCAAAGUUUCGGGUUUACUCUGCGUGGCCAUGCUCCAGUGUGGAUCGACUCUGUAAUACCAGGGAGCCCUGCUGAGAAGGCGGGUCUCAAACCUGGAGAUCGCAUCCUGUUUCUCAAUGGGUUGGACAUGAGGAGCUGUUCACAUGAGAAGGUUGUGUCCAUGCUUCAGGGGAGUGGGGCAAUGCCCAGCCUGGUGGUUGAAGACGGCUUGCCGGCCUUCACCGUGACCGAACCCGAACUGUUGGAGGUUUCUCCCCGCUCCCGUGCUCCUGUGCUAAGCUCCCUGCAGUGGGUCGCAGAGAUCUUGCCUCCCAGUAUCCGCGUACAAGGUCGCACCUUCAGCCAGCAGCUUGAGCACCUUCUCACACUCCAAGAGAGAUACACCAUCUGCAAGGCCCUGGAGGCCUUCUUCCAGCACAGAAAUGUAGACACUUUGAUUGUGGAUAUCUUCCCUGUGUUGGAUACCCCAGCAAAACAGGUGAUUUGGCAGUUUAUUUACCAGCUGCUGACCUACGAGGAGCAGGAACACUGCCAGAACAAGAUCUCCCGCUUCCUUGGCUAUAAAGUUACACUGCCAACAGCAGAACCUGAACCUCCAGCCCAUGAGCCUCAUAGGCGCAGCAGCUCCAUGAAGGUGACGGGGACAACCUACAGGAGCAGUAUGAGGGGACGCAGCUCAGAUGAUCUGGUCAUCGGCACUCACCUGGGCAUGGGGAUUUGCACUGAGCCAGUGGAGUUGGCACCUAUGCGACUGACUCCUGGAGAGAGGCAAUCAGGGGAUGGAACAUCCUUACCAGAGACGCCCAACAAUCUGACUAAUCUGUCAGCUGUGUAUGCUGAGCUGGAGAAUGUCUAUGCCGGGAAGAGAUCCAAAUCCCUAAAGACUCGACCUCCUCCAGCUCCUGAAACUCUGGUUAACGUAGACAUCUUCCCGCACGCUUCCUCACAGUCCAUCAGGGCACACUCUUCCUCUCCAUCUGUUCGGGCCACUUCAGGUAGCCGCAAAUCAGCAUCAGCGCAGUCUGUGCCACCACCUCCACCACCGCCACCACCUCCUCCACAACCUGACUCUUGGAUGCAGGAGCCUUCACUGAGUCCCCAGUGCCUCUGUUACCCUCCAGGUCUUCCCUCUCAAACCAGUGCUGAGUCCAACCCAUACAUCAGUUUAGACAGUCCACCUCUCUCUCCACCCUCUCCUCCGGACUACCCCCCUAGUCCACCCAUUCGGAAGAAGCGCUACACCUUCUCACGUCCCCCCCGUACCCCUGACACAGAUUUGUUUAUGGAGGUUCUGAGCGAACAGCUAGGACAGCAGUUAUCUGUGGAUGACUUCCUGUCACCAGAGAAUGACUAUGAAGAGGAUGUUGUCCAGAUGACAUUCCAGAAUGAGGAAGAGGAGGUAGAGGAGGAACUGGGAUUCACUCCUGACCAUGCACCCCGACAGUUGACCUUCCGUCGCCACCCGGGACCUCCUCCGCCACCUCCGCCAAGAGCUAACCCCCCUCCAAAAAGACAAUCCAUUCACAAGGUGUUGCCCACACGUGAUGAGCUGAUGACCCAAGUCCUUCAGGAGCACCACUCGCUUCCUGUUCAGCCAAUAACCAGCCACCCUCAGCAAUCUCAGCAGCAGAUGCAUCAGUCUCUGCCCCCUAUGCCCUCUCCAGAAAUAGACCAGUCACCCAUCCCCAGUCAUGCAAUCUACGAAAUGCACCAUCAGGUUCAUCCAGCUCACCAGGUUCAUCAACACCACCAGGUGCAACAGGAUCACCAGAUGCAUCCAAUCCAUCAAAAUAAACCAAGUCGCCAGUCUCAGUCUAUCAAAGUGCACCAAAGCCAUCACUCACACCAGACUAUUCAGACUCAACUCUCUAGCUCCAUGGAUAGGCUUGAUAGGAUUGAAAGAAAGGAACUCUCGGAUAGACAUAUCUAUGACAUGCAGCCCCAACCCUUGCAUCCAGAUCAACAAGUACACCAUGCUUAUCAGAUGCAUCAGAGUCAUCAGGCUCACCUCUCAAGCUCCAUGGAUAGACUUGACCGAUUGGAGCAGAUCCAGCGUUUGGAACGCUUGGAGCAUAUGGAACGAAUCGAGAGACUGGAGAGGGCGGACAGACAAAUGCACCGGACACACAUGGCUCAAGCUAUUCAACCAUCUCAGCAGACUCAGCAACAGUACCACCACCAGAUGCAUCAAGCUCAUCAAGCCUACCCACUGAUCCAGUCGCCUCCGCCAACCCGCCACAUUCAUCAGAUUGAACAUAUACACCAGGUUCAGCCAAUCCAGUCAGCUCCUCAGUACCACCAGAUCCACCAGCCCCACCAACCUCACCAGACCCAACAGAUUCUGUCAACUUUCCAGCCUCAUCCUUCACAACAGCAGCAACAGCAGAUGCAGCAGCAACAACAACUUCAGCAGCAGCAACAACUUCAACAACAGCUUCUGCAGCAGCAACAGCUUCAGCAACAGCAGAUUCAGCAGCAGCAAGCUCAGCAGCAACAGCAGAUUCAGCAGCAGCAACAACAUCGCUCAACCCCACAGAUUCCCCCCAUUGCACAGGCCAGACAGAGCCCGCAACCCAUGUACCACGAUCUUCGUCACCACCAUCACUAUCACAGCCACCAUGAGGCCCAGUCCCAAACGCAAUCACCAAGUACACCCCAACCUCAAACUCACCACCCCAAUGAAGGUUCCACUGUGGAGCCACCUCCUCCUCCACCUUUACCCCCACCUUGCAUGCCUCCUCCGCUCCCAAAGGCCUCACCACAAAAAUCAGAUUCCAGUCAUAUGAGUGUAAAGCGGUUACGAUGGGAACAAGUGGAAAAUUCUGAGGGAACCAUUUGGGGACAGUUGGAAGAAGACUCUGAUUAUGACAAGCUAAGUGACAUGGUGAAAUACCUAGACUUGGAGCUUCAUUUUGGGACACAAAAAAGCCCUGUUUCUCUUCCAGAGCCCUCACCUCAGGUGGAGACUUUCAAGAAGAAAGAUGUGGUGGAGAUUCUCUCCCAUAAGAAAGCCUACAAUGCUUCAAUUUUGAUUGCCCAUCUGAAGCUGUCACCAAGCGAGCUACUCCAGGUGCUGAUGACGAUGUCGAGUGAACGUUUAGAGUCAUCACAUAUUAAACAAUUGCUCCUAUAUGCACCAGACGAUGAUGAGGUUAGACAAUACGAGCAGUACAGAGACGACCCAAGCAAACUCAGUGAGCCCGAUCAGUUUGUCCUACAGAUGCUAUUUGUGCCAGAGUAUAAGACCCGUUUGAAAAGCCUGCAUUUUAAGACUAUGUUGCAAGAGAAAACAGAGGAGAUGAGGGGGGCCUACGACUGUGUUUUCAAGGCUUCAUUGGAUCUCAAGAACAGCAAAAAAUUGGCCAAGAUUCUGGAGUUUGUUCUGGCUAUGGGGAAUUAUCUGAAUAACGGCCAACCCAAGACCAAUAAAACGACUGGAUUUAAGAUCAAUUUUCUCACUGAACUUAGCACCACCAAAACAGUGGAUGGAAAGUCAACAUUUCUGCAUAUCCUGGUGAAAUCAUUGUGCCAGCAUUUUCCCGAGGUUCUGGACUUUGGGAAGGAGCUUGAGACGGUACCACAAGCAGCCAAAGUGAAUCAGAGAAACAUCACUUCUGACUUCAACGACUUACAUGCCACAAUCCAGGACAUUCGUUUAGCCUGCCAGAAGAUGCCAGCCACUGCUGAGGACCGAUUUGCCAUUGUUAUGAGUGGGUUUCUGGAAAACAGUCACCCUGCAGUGCAGUCUCUGGAGUCUCUGCAGCAGCGGGCAAUGGAAGAGUUCUGCAAAGUCGCAUCAUUCUUCGGUGAGGAUGGAAAGGCCACCACCACAGAGAGUUUCUUCGGUAUCUUUGCCGAGUUCAUGACUAAAUUUGAGAGGGCUUUGAGUGAUAUCCAGACUACAGAAAACCCUCAACGCAGCCCCAGGAGCGCUCGCACGACCUCUCCUGUAGCCUGGUGAAGAAACCACCCAACAUGAGGCAAACAUACCCAUACAAACAAAUACAUACAGACUUACAGUACAUAAAUGUUCACUUACAUACUGUCCACUCCUAUGCCUGUCCAGUCUAAAUUUAGUAAUAGCCUUAUGGUAAUUCAAGGACAUGUGUACAGUAGCAAACUAAUGCACAAGCACCAGGGUCCUGGCGAGUUAUAAAGGUGAACUCUCAGGCACAGAUUGGACAGGAAAGCGUCUGUAGUAGAGCAAAAGGUACAGGGAAAGAUUAUAAAUUGCUUUAAAACAUUUGAUCAGAUUUGGUCUAGGACAUUAUUUACAGGAUGGACUGUGUGAUUGUUCUUGGCACUCAAAAACCAGGAAUGGAGUCAAAAGUUGGGGCAAAAUUGAUUGGGGAUUUUGUAAAUCAUAAUAAGUGCAGUUCGAUAAGAUAUUUAAUGUAGAAUGUAAUUAGGACUGUGAAUGUCAGAUCUUGACUGACUUGAUAUUUUAAUGAAGUUGUUGUUUAGGAGAAGUGCUUUAACAAUGUGUCUUAAUUCUGCUUAAAUGUAUUUAAACAACCUGGGUUGGCGUUGUUAGUU